AUGGACCCUAUGGACCAAAUGUCGGCGGGCGGCGGCCCCAUCCCCAAGGAUUUCAACGCUGAAGAUGCACAGAACAUGGAAGAUAUGGAGAAGCAGUUUGCCGUCAAGGUCGUCCAGCACAUGGCCACGUACUGGUCCAUUCUUGAAAAGGUUAAGGGAUCGUCCCUCCGCCUGACCAAGAUGGACGACGACAUUUACAACCACCUCAUGGAGACCUUCCCCCACUUCGACCCUUCCAAGACGAUUGACGAGGACGAAAUGAAGAGCAAGGAGGGCAAGGCAAAGUGGCGCCCGUUCCUCAUGGCCUACGAGAAGACUAUUGAAGACUACAACUUUGGUACUAUGUUGCGCAACAACCCUGGUGUCGAGUACGAGGAGAGGAAUACUAUUUUCGUCCCCCGCAUGCAGUUUUACGCUAUCGAGAUUGCCAGGAAUCGCAAGGGUCUCAACGACUGGAUCUACGACAAGACGCAGCGCGAAAUCAGCGGCGCUUAA